AUGAACGAUCCUGGGCUUGACGGACCCAUCGGGAAUGCAGAUGAGCGUGUCAAAGAGGAAUACCACGACGAGAGGGAGGACGAGGAUGACACAGACCCCGACGAGGACGAGGAACAGAACUAUCUCAUACCGACAAGAUGGUGGUACGCAUCGACAGCAUGUCCUCUGGCGGCAGGUACAUUUGGACCUAUGGCCAACGCGUUCAGUAUCUGCGCGCUGGUCGAGAACUGGAGGGUCUACGUCCCUCCUGGGGGCAGUGCCGACCAUGGCAUAGACGUCAAAGACCCAAGAUGGCUCAUCGCGAUCAAUGCGGUAUCACUGGCAUGUGCGCUCAUCGCUAAUCUAUCGCUACUGCUGAACAUGGCUCGACGCGUGCCGUUCGCCAUUGCGCAACCUAUCACUAUCAUCGGAUUCUGGGUUGCCUCUGUACUGCUGAUUGCACUCAUCUCUGUGGCGAACACCAGCAUCUUCGACCUGCCUAAUGGCGAGAACAAGGGAUUGAGUGGUGCAUACUACUACGCCAUUUUUGCCGCGGGACUCUACCAGAUCAUCUCGUACUUGAUGUGUGCAACGGUCUAUGGGGCGUACACCGGCCACUACAGCAAGGAGUUCAAGCUCACCGUUGCUCAGCGGACGCUCAUGCUCCAGACUAUCUCUUUCCUGGUAUGGCAACACCUAUGGGCCCUCGGAUACUCUCAUAUAGAAGGUUGGCACUACCUGGAUGCUGUCUACUGGGCCGACUUCACGUCGUUGACCAUUGGAGUUGGGGGCACGUUCGUGCCCAAGACGCAUACAGGACGGUCUCUUCUGUUCUUCUUCGCGCUCGGCGGAGUUGUGAUCCUUGGUCUACUCGUCGGCUCGAUUCGAUCUCUAGUGCUGGACCGCGGUAAAGAGAAGAUCGAGGCUCGGAUGACCGAGAAAGCCCGGCAAAGACUCGUUCACCGCGUGGCCAGAGCCAUCGAGCGGCAGGAUAAAGCCCCGAAGCGCCCACUCAAUUUCCUCCACAUCCACAAGCUGAACGACACCAUUAGGAAAGCUCUGGUUCUGCAGCCCGGCACGGAGAAAAUGACGGAAAAGACUAGACGACACUACGAAUUCGAAGCAAUGCGUCGAAUCCAGUACGUGGCAUCAGCUCGACGGCGAUAUUUCAGCCUUUGCAUCUCUGUCUUCGCUUUCGCAUUUCUCUGGUUCAUUGGAGCGUUAGUCUUCUACAAAGCCGAGUACACGCAGAACUGGAGUUACUUCGCAUGCAUAUACUUCUCGUAUACCACUCUGUUGACCAUCGGCUACGGAGACUACGAGCCCAUGAGCCACGCAGGCAAAGCAUUCUUCGUCUUCUGGACUCUUUUGGCCAUUCCGACGUUGACGAUUCUGAUCUCUAACAUGGGCGACACAGUCGUCAAAUGGGUCAAGGACGUGACGAUCUGGGUUGGUGAGGUCACAGUCCUCCCGAGCAGUGAAUCUACGAUCCUCGACCGUCUGAAGUACGGAGCACUCAAGGCCAUUUUUGGCAAACGCGUUGCAAGGGAGAGGCACACUCAACGCAUAUCAGCACGACAAGGCCGUGAUGAGGACACCGAGGCUGGUGAGAAUGUCGCACAGCCGCCUGGUAGGAUACUUGGGCUCAAGCAACUCCGAAAGCGACACAAGCAGGACAAACAAAAGAGCAGAGAUACCAUGGACCCGAACGAACGCCUGGCCGCAGACUACGCAGAAGAAGAAGGGAAUGAGGAGGAAGAUGCUAAGCAGCAUGGCAACAAAGUCGCUGAGGACGAGCAUCAUCUACGGCGCCAGCUGCUAGAGGAGAUUCGGAAGGUGUACGCCGACUCGAACGCCGCAGAGCCCAAGCAGUAUACUUAUGAUGAAUGGGUAUACUACAUCGCGCUCCUAGGCCAAGACGAGGGAGACAGCAAGUAUCAUAGACAGCCCAACGCCGCAGACGAUGCACCAGGCUCGCAUUCAGGAAAGGGUCACGCAUCUGGGCCGGACAGCCCAACAAGUCCGAAAAGUCAACGGCAUAUGGCAUCACUGGACGAUGACGGACCGCUACCAGAUCCUGAAUCAUUCCAGUGGUCAUGGGUCGGUCAACGCAGUCCUUUGAUGAACGAGAAGAGUGAGCCUGAAUGGCUAUUGGACCGGCUGUUCAGAAAGCUCGAAGCUAGUCUGCAGAAGCAGCUUCCCGCGAACGAUGGCAGCACUCCCCCACAACGGAAUGGAGAUACAAACCGGGAGAGACCGGAGUCGGCGCAGAGCUCGUCGACUGAAGCUGCUCUAGAGGUGAGUCCGAGUGAUUGGUCUGAGAAAGUGAAUGACGAGAAGAAGGAGCUAGGUUGA